UCACGUGACGCUACUGGCCCUCCCUCUCCGGAGAGGUGAGCAGAGAGAGGCUGCAGAACUUCCUGUCAGGCUCGGCGGCCCAGGAGGCGGAUCUGACCGCACAGGUUCCUUAUCAUGGCCUCAUCCUCCGUUACACGAUUCAAUUCAAACUCCCUGGAAAAUGCCUCCAUUAGAAGGCCUCCAAGAGAUGGUGUGAACCAAGAGUAUAAUGAUGAGAUUCCCCUACUACCCGGCGAGACCCUUGUGACAGAUAAGGAUGUUAUUUACAUGUGUCCAUUUAAUGUACCAGUUAAAGGCCGGUUAUUUGUCACUAACUAUAAACUGUACUUCAAAGGUGAGGAGACGGAGCCAUUGAUUGUUUUUGAAGUUCCGCUGGGUGUUAUUGCAAGAAUUGAGAAGAUGGGUGGUGCCUCAAGUAGAGGAGAAAAUUCGUAUGGUCUGGAUAUAACCUGCAAAGACAUGAGAAACCUGCGUUUUGCUCUGAAACAGGAAACACACAGCAGAAAACAGAUAUUUGAAGAUAUCACAAAGCAUGCGUUUCCAGUGUCAAACGGUCUGCAAUUUUUUGCAUUUGUAAAUGAAGAAAGAUUUUCUACAAAUGGAUGGGAAGUGUAUGAUCCCCUGACUGAAUUUCAGAGACAGGGUAUACCGAACAAUAUUUGGAGAUUAACCUUUAUUAAUAAAAAUUAUGAAUUUUGUGACACCUACCCUCCAUUUUUGAUGGUCCCAUAUGUUGCCUCAGAUGAUGACCUCAGGAAAGUUGCUGCCUUCAGGUCCAGGAACAGAAUCCCGGUUUUGUCUUGGAUACAUCCAGAAAAUCAGUCUGUCAUUACAAGGUGUAGUCAGCCGUUAGUGGGCAUGAGCGGCAAACGAAAUAAGGAUGAUGAAAGGUAUUUAGAGGUCAUCAAAGAAGCCAAUGGGCAAACAUCUAAGCUGACUAUCUAUGACGCCAGGCCAAAUGUGAAUGCUGUGGCCAAUAAGGCCACAGGAGGGGGUUAUGAGAGUGAUGACGCAUACCCAUUUGCAGAGCUUGUAUUCCUGGAUAUUCACAACAUUCAUGUAAUGAGGGAAUCUCUGAAGAAACUGAAAGACAUAGUGUUUCCACAUGUAGAGGAAUCUCACUGGCUUUCAAGCCUGGAGUCCACACACUGGUUAGAACAUAUUAAGCUGGUGUUGACGGGAGCUAUUCAGGUUGCAGAUAAAGUGGCUUCUGGAAAGAGCUCUGUGGUUGUUCACUGCAGUGAUGGUUGGGAUCGGACAGCUCAGUUAACAUCCCUGGCCAUGCUGAUGCUGGACAGCUACUAUAGGACCAUAGUUGGCUUUGAGGUGCUUGUACAGAAGGAAUGGAUUAGCUUUGGACACAAGUUCUCAUCGAGAAUUGGACACGGUGAUAAGAAUCACGCUGACGCUGACAGAUCCCCGAUCUUCCUCCAGUUUAUUGACUGUGUGUGGCAAAUGUCAAAGCAGUUUCCAACAGCGUUUGAAUUCAAUGAGCUUUUUCUGAUCACGAUUCUAGAUCAUCUUUACAGCUGCCGAUUCGGCUCUUUCUUGUUUAACUGUGAGUCCAUUCGUGAAAAAGAGAAACUGAGGGAGAAGACACCAUCUCUGUGGUCUUGGAUGAACAGUGAAAAGUCAAAGUAUAUAAAUCCCUUUUACACCAAGGAGUUGAAUAGAGUGUUGUAUCCUGUGGCAAGCAUGCGCCACCUGGAGCUCUGGGUCAAUUACUAUAUUAGGUGGAAUACAAGGAUCAGACAACAACAGCCAAACCCAGUGGAGCAACGUUACGUGGAGCUGCUGGCUUUAAGAGAUGAUUAUGUUAGGAAACUUGAAGAACUUCAAAUCUCAAAUUCACCAAAAAUGAACAACUCCUCCACCUCUCCACCUUCACCUUCCCGCAUCUUGCAAACUCCAUUUUGAGCAAUAAGAGCUAUUUAUAUGAAGUAUAGAUACUGACUGUGCUAGUUUUCUGUGAAGGCCGUUUUGAAUGAUGCCUUAUUUGGAUGAUUGAAUCUUCGUGGUUGAACAAAAAUGUGCCUUUUUAAGAUCUUGAAAUGUUAUCCUUUUCUAUAUGUUGCACUGUUAUGUAGAUCUUGUUACACAAUAUAUAGGAAAUUACUUUGGAUGCUUUUAACCAUAUUGCAUUGGACCUCUGAAUAUAUCAAGCAGAUGAAAGGGUGCAGCUUAUUCUACAGUGUUUACCAUUCGCCAUAAAAGACUAGUGUUUCAAUUACUACUUUGGAAUCCAUAGUCACUAUGAUUUUGUCUUCAGUACUCCCCCCUCUUCCUCUGCAGGCUACCCCAGAAUUCUAUACUACUUGUGCUGGUUGUACAGGGCAAAUCUGCCUACACACUGUAUACAAAGGGGUAUAUGCAAUUCACGGCGAAUCGCGGCAAUUUUUCGCCGUUUUUUAAUUCGACUCAAUUCGACAGGUGAAUUCCGGCAGGUGGCUGCCGGAAUUCACCAUAUUCAAUGAAAAACGGAUUCGGCAGACCCGCGGGCGAAAAUCGUCCGAUUUGGCGGAUUUUGCCGCGAUUUUAAAAAACGGGAAAAAACGGGAAAAACCCGGGUACCCCGGCCAGGGGUGACUAGUUGGGUAGUUAAUGCCACGGCCGCAGGGCACGGCAUAAAAGUGACCUCCGGCUGUGGCAUUAUCUGUCCAGCUAGUGGAGCCCGAUGCUGGUGUUAAAAAUACGGGGGACCCCUACUCUUUUUGUCCCCCGUAUUUUUGGCACCAGCACCAGGCGCAGAGCCCGGUGCUGGUUUUAAAAAUACGGGGGAUCCCUGCCCAAUUUUUCCCCGCAUUUUUAGAACCAGGACCAGCUCGAAGAGCCUGAGGCUGGUUAUGCUUUGGAGGGGGGACCCCACGCCAUUUUUUUUAAGGAUUUUACCGUUCCAGCAAUAAAAAAAAAUUAUAAAAAAAUAUUUUAAAAAAUAUAUAAAUAAUAUUUGUGCCUCCAAAAAAAAAAAAAAAAGUACCUAAUCCCUUCUAAUAUAAAUAGAUAUGCUAUUCCUAAAAAAAAAAACACCAAAAAAAACAUGUUUAAAAAUUUUUUUAUUGUUUUCACCCUCCAAAGUGUGGCGGAUUGAAAAUGACGAAUUUGCUGUCUAAAAGCACUGCUGUCGAAUUUCCAAACUUGAAUUGAAUAUGCUUUUGUCGAAUUGCAGCACUUGUAUCAUUGCAGAAAAGUCGAAUUUGCAAAAAUUCGAAUUUCAAAAAGUCGAAUUUUGAAAGUCCGUUUUUUGGUCGGAAAGCACUGAAUUGCAUAGGCGAAUUUUUUUUUUUUGGGCGAAAAUGACCCGAAAUUCGACAAUUUCGGGAAUUCGACCGCAAUUGCAUAUACCCCAUAGUGUUUUUCUCAGUAUUAACUAUUCUCCAUUGUAUGGUAGUUUCCAAUAUUCCUGUUGUUUAACCUAUGUUUUAAAGAAUUCUGUCUGGGAAGUGGCUUCUGAUGCCUAUAUAAACUCUGCAAAUGUCUUACAAGCUGAUCUCUUUUAUGCAAGGCGUAAUAUCACUUGAAUAAGGGAUACUGCAUUAGCAAGUCAUUCUACACAAUGUUCUAUGAAUUCAUGUACUAGAAGGACUGUCAUCUAUAUGCCAUCCAAUGUUGUACAGUACUUACAUAGUCUUGUAAAGUUAUUUUCAACACAAAAAGCAGAUGAAGUGCCCUUUCUUCUAGUGGUACACUGGGGUGACCUGGCACUCUUAAAGAAAGUAUAUGUGCCGGAUUGCACCACACACCUCCACACUCGCCGUAUGUGAAUGUGGCUCUUUUUGACAGAUAUACAAUGUUGAGGCAGCAAGGUAACAAAAGUAAAUUAUUCCAGUAAUUCUGGAAUAACACUGACUUUGAAAUUGUUUUCUGGGCCAAACUGGUGAACUGUUUACCAUGCCCCAAUAGCAUCUUAUGACUCUGACAGUUUUUCUCUGGAAAGGAUGAAAGCCUGCCGCCUUAUCACCUGCUAACUUGAGUUUUUCCAUUGCUUAUAUAUCGAAAAUACAGUAUGGUAGACAAAAUUACAUUGCUGUCCUCGUUUAGAUAUUUGAUACCUUUAUCUAUUGGCAACUAUGAGAAUUUAAGUCUGGUUUAAAUAAAUAAUUAUUGAUCUAAUUAUUUUAACAAUAAUAUACUUUUUUUUUUUUUUUUUCAUUCCGAGUUAAGUA